AUGUGGCUCUCUCUGGCCCUGUUCCUGUCCCUCUCUGCUGGCGCUCUAUCGUUCGUGUGCCCGCCGAAUAGUACGAUUAUUCCCACCGAGCACCAGUGUAUCCUUCCCAUCCCGGGUGCUGUGAAUUACAUCAACGCUGUCCGGGGCUGUGAUCGACAGAAUAGCAAUGUGAUCAUGAUCAAGAACGCCUUCGAGAAUGCGGUCAUCUACGGGGUUCUCGUCCAGUGGUUCCCUAAUGCCGACGGCGCCUAUAUCGGCGUCGAAAGAGCCACAGGUUCAUCAUGGGUUUACUCGGACGGCACGAACAUCACUUAUGCAAAUUGGGAUACCAGUGAGCCAUCAACUGGGGAUUGUGUGAUGAUGGAUCGACAGACGAUGAAAUGGAAAGCGACGGAGUGUUCCACGCCGCUGCCUUACUUUUGUGGACUUGAUGGCGACAAGCUUCAAUGCCCCGAUGGAUGGGCCUAUGCCCCGGGACCGGAUGCGUGCUACUACGUGCAGGAUUUCUUGACGCCCGACUCGGUGCAUUGGCAGCUGUACGAUUGGGAUACGGCCGAGCAGAAUUGCCGGAGAAUGGGCGCUCAUUUGGCGUCGAUUCACACAGAUGUGGAGAACGACUUUAUUCACGAGUUAAUCUUUUACAAGGGGCCGGAAGCCUCGCCGGAGUCGCCGGAUGACUGCGAAUAUUCGAGGGCUUGGAUCGGGCUGUAUGGGACGGCAGAAAUUGGAGAGACAACGCCGUGGACCGAUGGCACGUUUGUCGAUUAUCGAGAUCCGAAAACGGCCCCGGCUAAUGGAAGCGUUUAUUGGACGACACACGCGGCCUCUUGCUUGACCUACGCUAAUUGGGAAGGAAUUCCGGCCAGCGGCCCGCAAGCCGCUCGCUACGUCUGCAAGAAGGAGAACCAACGCGCUCCCGAAGAGCCCGAAGCC